CUACUCAUUCCACCUAUACAUAAAAAUCUAAUGACCUUCAACUUUUUGGACCAAAUGUAUUUAUCAACCAGCUAUUUUCUUAAUUAGCUUUGUGUAAAGAGAUAACAAAAGGUACUUUUUACAACCAAAAAGGUUUGAAAAAUGCUUCUACUUUCUUUAAUUGACUCAUGUACAACAAACUUCAAGACUCUCAAAAUGCACCAAAAAAAGGUAAGAUUGAGGUUCUACCCCGCCUUUUAAAAAUGCCCAUUGUUUAAUCAAUGUAUUAAUAAUUAUAGUUAAUUCGUUCAUUGUAUUACUUUAGUUCGCGGUCAAAUGUAGAAAAUGUUAGUAUAACGAAAUAUUAUCUAAUGAUUAAACUAUAUAUAGUUGUUAUUCAUAUCAUACAUGUUAUUGCAUAGUCCUACAUACCAAAUUAAUGAACAAAUAUAAAAAAAAGCAAAAUAAGCACGUUAUUGUUCAAAGUUUUAUUAUAUUGAUAAAUUUUUCAAUGUGGCCAAUGCAAUAGUCGUUUAUAACUUCAUUUGCCUGUAGCCCGAGGUUUGUCGAUGAUUUAAAUUACAUAAAUAUACAUAUAAUGAAAGAAUUUUAUUUGUUAUUAUGAUACUUUUACCUUUGAUUAAAACGUCUAAAGGUAAUUUUUACAUUUGAUAAUUCUUUUAAAAUGGCAUGUGUACUAAAUAAUUAAUAACGACAUUUGUUAGAUUUUUUGGUCUGUCUUAAUUUAGAUUCAAACUCAGUUUCUUAGUCAUAUUUCAGCAAUAUCUUUUGUGUUAAUAUUAGGAUUGUUAACUAUGGGGUGUGUAUUUGAAAAGCCUUUAGGGUAUUUUUGCGCAUCUCGCAGUAUCAUACCUUUUUUAAAAUAUACAGGUUAUAUAUAUUCUCAUAAAGAAUACAAUGAUAGGUGUAUCAUUAUUCCUGCAGUUAACAUUUUCAUAAUUAUGAGUUAACAACAAUAUAUUAUGCAGAAUAUCUUUGCCGAAACCAGUGUAGGUAUAUAUCCAUAACAUUUAAUUAAAUAAUAAUAAUACAAUUUUUCACGUACUUAACGAUCUUAAGAAACCGUUAGACCGUUUUUUAAUGAAAUCGUUGUACUUCGAGGGAUGAUGUCAGAGGUGGGGCUAAAAACACAAUAUAAUAACCGUAAUAGAUAGAAGAUCUAAGCGGCUUGUGUUCAGAUACCAUAUGUUAUGUGUGAGCACGCGUGGUCGUCAAUGACCGUUCAGGACUCGUGCCAUCCGGAACAGUUCUACUACGUGUUAAGGGUUGAAGUCAAUUCGUAUACAAUUAUACGAGAGCGUGGAACAACUUACAACAGCCUUUAUAGUUUAUUGUUUUAUGUAUUGUUGAGCUCGCGCCAUGUCAAUGAUCAGUUCCGAUGGAUUUAGUCCAUUCUUCUAACGUACAUUCUGGAUUUGGUAGUGGCCGUUACGGUCUGCUAUUACCCAACGACUCGCCAUCUUACUCAAGUGGUUCAACUGGAUCUCCACGACAUCCUCAUGAUUCAUCUUACUGGAACUGUUGGCAAAAACUAUCUGUUGUUACUGAUCAGCAAUCAUUGUACGUAACACGAUCACAACCACUCAGUAUACUCAACGUUGACCAUUGGAAUAAUCAAUAUCAAGAAUAUUCUACCAAUGUUGUCCAAUCACCACCUUCUAGACCAGCUAGCGCACUUGAAUGGGAUAGCUCUUAUAAUGGAACUUUAAAUGAGUAUAAUCAAAAAAAGCCAAACAGUAAGGAGUCUUCAACUGUAGCUAAAAAGAGACGCUUAGCUGCAAAUGCUAGAGAACGACGUCGAAUGAAUGGAUUGAAUGAAGCUUUUGAUCGUUUACGAGAAGCUAUACCAACAAUGACAGAUGACGACCAUAAACUGUCCAAAUACGAAACAUUGCAAAUGGCACAGAGCUACAUAUCAGCAUUAUGCAACUUAUUGGAUCAUGUUCAUAAAUAAAUAGAAUUAAAAAUUAAAAAGUAUUUAAAUACUAUUGUAAACUUUUGGUAAACUAGGGUUUUUACUAGUCAAAAAAUCAUAAAAAAAGUAAA